UCAGCCCGGACGCCACUGACUCGCCCGCCUUUCCUUCCUUCUUCUGCCCGUCGAACUCUAUUGCUUUUGCCACGCCCUCAGCCCGCCUCCUCACUGGCUGCGGUUGUCUUUCCCCGUCCCUGAUGGAUACGAUCCCAUUCACAUGUUACAAUGUAGCUGACCCGGCUAUGGCCACCAGGGCCACAUUUGCCCCCUCCAGGACCCCCCCAGAAACUCCCAGGAGGCUCGUACUUUUGGCAGGUCAUCGACUGAGCCAGGACACCCCCCCCCCCCCCCGAGGAGCGCCGAACCGUCUGAGCCAUCUAAAUCGGUCACUGGUCAUCAACACAUCCCCUCUGGUGUCGCUGCACUCCUUCCCGAUCGGCGCGCGGCCAUUGGCCCCGAGAUGACCACGGCUAAUUACAUGCUUAUCACCUUAUCAGCAUCUGUUAUCUCCUGGCCAUCGUGGGUAACGUGGGAGGUCGUCAAGUAUCAA